UUCCAAAUUAAAACAUUCUUUUACUUUCGUGACCCAAAAAUAAUAAUAAAAAACACAAUGACGUACAACACAAUUUGUUUAAAGACCACAUUUGUACAAAAAUGUGUUAUUAAAACUCACAAUUUGUCUAUCUAGCUAUCAUUGGUUGUUAUAGCAACAUGGGAAAACCCGGAAAACGCAGUAACCAUAACAGUUCUCGCGAGAAUUGACUAUUACGACUCCGUUUAUUUGUGUUUGAUACAGUAGAAGUUAAACUAUAACAUUUAUUCUGAAUAAGCACAAUUAGACGAGCUUUGCUGCAACAGCUGCCCCCGGUCAGUCGUUGUGUAAUUUAACAUAUGUUAUUGGAAAACGCAAACAUGUGGAUGCAGUGUAACUUCCGCAUCCGUUUCGACUUUGUGGAUCAGCGGGAAAAGUUCAGUUGGUUUUAAAGCAGGCAACAGUCGAAAUCAAGACAACGCGGUCCAUUCGGUCAACAUAUGGUCGAACAAAGAGCUCGAUUGCAACCAUCAUGUCCUUGCUGUCCUCCGUUGAACAAGCUAUUAAAUCAUGUAAAGCUGAACAAGCCAGGAUCAAUGAAAGUAUUCGGCUCUACAGAGAAAUACUACAGUGCUUGACUCCACCAACAGCGACAGAUGAACAUCAUCUGUUAGAUCGUGCAGAGGCUGCUGUUACAGACAUAAAUACGUCACCGGGGGAGAAGGAAGAUAUAGAAUUGCUUGAGCGAGCACUGGAGAAAGCUCUUCAGGUCCGCACCAGCUCAGGGAAAAAGAACCCAGAGAGAGACAAACAAUCCAGAUCUCCAUAUGAACCGGACAGAUUUGUUUCAACCUCAAAACACAUAAAAAUUCCCAAAGAAAGUCAACAAAUCAGAUCCACUUCAAAAUUAACCAGUCUUGAAAAGAAAAGUGAAUGCAACGCCACAACAACGACAGAAAUGCGUGGAGGACGCUCCUCCACAGUGGGCACCGGACUCUCAGGGAACAGAAAUGUGGGGCAAAUGAAAAAGAAAAGCCAAAGUUCCUCAGCUAGGUUUGGGCCUCAGCAGGCUGCCAGGAAGCAGCAGCAGGCUGGUCCGAGGUCUGGUUCUCUUAAUACCAUCUCAACCUCACACCCACAUAAGAAGACCACUAGGAGCAGCAUGAUCAGUUGGGAUGACUCAAGCACAGCUCCUUCAAAUACCCCAGAGCCUUUAUCACACACAGAUGAGACUGGGGCACUUAAUUCUCAACCUCAAGGUGGUGCCUAUGAGCAGAUAACAAAAUGGAAAUUCUUACGAAGCAAGGAAAACAGGUUGUGGGAAAACGUUAUUGCCAUACAGAGGGACACUGUUCCAGGGAGAGAUCACUUCCUGCACAGAAUGAGAACGACGUUUGCUGAAGAUGUGACAUGUGGUAUCACAGAUGAGACCAGAGCUCAGGUUAAUAAACCAUCCCACUCACGACAUGAUGUCAGCGAUCGUCGUCACAGGAAGGAGCGUCAUGUCAAAUCAACCCUACAAGCAGCAGCAGCCGAGUCUGAGAUGGAAGCAUGGGAUCGAUGGAGGCCAGAGGAAGGAUGUCUCUGCCCCACUGGGGCAAAUAUUGGGAUGCUUUCAAUUUUACCUCUGACUGUGACGUACACAACAGAAGGAGAGCUCCGACAGCUGGAGAAGCAGAGGAUGCAGGUGGCACUGCUGCAGCAGGAGAUAGACCUCGACCAGGCUUUGUUUCAGGCUCUGUCUCCUCAUCUCUCAUCUGUAUGUCCUGGCUCUGGAAGUCCAAACCCCAGUGUUCUGAGAGACAUGUACUCCCUCCUGGGUGAAGGAGGCGAACGUUUCCCUGCUGUAGUCCUGGAUACUGAGCCUGAAUGAACCCAGAACAUACUGUGUUGCACUCUGCUGUGCUUUAAAAAAAAUAUAUAUAUAUAAUCAUGUAAC